AUGUCGUUCGAGAGGAAAAGCAACGCCGAGGCCCAGCAGAGCAAUGACUAUUCUGCCGUGAUGCGCCAUUGCGGCCACAAGGGUCCGUCCUGCCUUUCCUCAGUCGUCAUUCUCCCUUCUCCGCAUCGGAUCAACGUCGUCUGGGCUCGCGAUCGCGCUCCAUUCAUGUUCACACCCAACUCGUCGACAAUGUUGCUUUCGUGAACAGGCUACCAGAUGUUCGCCGUCAUCGCACCACCUCUCUUCCUCCUCACCUCCUUGCGGAAACGAUCCUUCUCCCCGCGGAUAUACCUACGCAAUGUCGGAUUGACGACCUUCGUCGGUGGUACGGCGCUUGGUGUGGCCGCUGGUGCAGGUCGGAUGAGUGGUCUUGACGCCGAACAAAUCAAUGAUCGGGCGGUCAGGAUCCUCAGCAACGGCUCGCAGACCCGCGUCGACGACUACGGCAUCAUUGGUGGGGUCCUGGGAGCGGUGAGUAUUGGCUUUUGGUGGGCUCUGAUCUUUAUGUGCUGCACUCGUCGUGUGAACUGAUAAAAUGCAUCGUCUCUCUCCUCAUUGUGAUCCUACCUUCUCGUACCGCCUCGACCUCGCCGGCCAUUGGAUUCACAGCUCGGCACCACCACCAUCUUCUUGAAGCGAGCCCCUAUGAUCUGGACCGUCACAGGUGGUGCCGCCCUCGGUGUUGCAGGAGGCAUCAUCUUCCAUCUCGCCAAGUCAAUGCAAGAAGGGGAGCAUGUCAAACCCGAAGCCAUGCUUGAAGAGGCCAAGGAGGCCGUCAACAAGGGCGUGGUCGAUAAGAACUGA